AAACCGUACCAACGAACCAACUGUAGCAAACCGCACAUUUCCCAAGAGACUUAUCUAUAAAUUAGGCUCUUCCUUAAAAAAGAGUCUCCAAUUUUUAGAGUUGUCUCUCUCUCUCUCUCUCUGUUGCUCACUCUUCCAGAUUUUAGUACCUUCUGAAAGCUUCUAAAAAAUAAGAGAAAAUGACCAAGUUUUGGACUUUGGUCACUGCUCUUCAUACAGGCGCUGGGCCUGUGGUGAUGUUGGUGUAUCCAUUGUACGCAUCGGUGGUAGCGAUGGAGACCGCAACUAAAGUUGACGACGAACAGUGGCUAUCCUACUGGAUCAUAUACUCGUUCCUCACCCUCACAGAGCUGAUUUUGCAAUCUCUCCUUGAGUGGAUUCCUAUUUGGUACUCGGUCAAGCUUGUGUUCGUCGCUUGGUUGGUUCUGCCUCAGUUCCAUGGCGCAGCGUUCAUCUACAACCGUUUGGUUAGAGAACAGUUCAAGAAACACGGUGUCUUCCCUCACCAACAGUCCAAGCCCAAGAUCCUCCACUCCAUUUUCCCCCACCGGGAGGGACACGAGGCUCACUCUCACUGACGCAAGAACAAAAAAAAAUUAAAGAAAAGAGGAGUGAGUAGACACAAGAAGCUUCUUUAGCUAGUAUUGUAAUGGAGUUGGUGGUGGUCCCGUCUUGUCUAAUCUUACGUUUAGAUUUUUGUUUAUACAAAAAAGAAUGGGAUUGGGGAAGGAUAUGACCAUAUGACGAUGACUGACGAGUUGUGUGAUCGUUUUAAAUUAGAUGUGACUUCUUGUUGUUGUAUGGCUUUAGCUUUCACGCGUAAUUUCCAUUUGGGAACACAAGUGUUACGCUAUUGUUGUUCAAAUCGUUUUCAAACUUUGUGAGGAUAUAGUGUCACCAUGUUAAAAAAAAAUUCAAA